UUAUGAAGAAUGUGACCUGAUCAGAGACUGUCUAAAAGGAGCAUGGGGGUGUUUUGCUGUCACAGAUUACUUUGAAACAAUGGAUAAAUCUUGUGAAGUGCAACAAGGGAAGAACAUUAUAAACACAUGUUGUGAACUAAAAGUUAACCACGUUGUCUACAGUGGUUUAGAAAGUGCAGUUCGCAUCAGUGGCCUAGUGUGCAAUCACUUUGAUGGCAAAGCUGAAGUUGAAGAAUAUGUAAAAAAUAGCGGAGUUAAUAAGUACACCAUUAUACGACUACCAUGGUAUUAUGAAAAUCUUUAUGAAAAUACUCCUCCACAGAAAAUAUCAGAAAAUAAGUAUAAACUAUCAAUUCCAAUUGGCAACUCUUAUAUGUAUGGAAUCAGUGUGGAUGAAAUUGGUGAAUGUAUUCAUUCAAUAUUCAAGGAGAAUCAUGUGUAACCAACCAUGAAGAACAAAUCAACAGUACAAAGAAAUAAAAUACCAAUCUCUUUAAAGCGGCAACCACUUUAAGAGUAUGAGAAUCACCAUCCCACUACAUUUACGCAUUCAAAGCAGUUUGCCAACGGCCCUUCACCAACAACAUACCCUGAUAGGCUUUGUGACUACUACUAAAUUAAGGCCACGACAGAGAGAUAGAAUGUUCUUGAAGCCGAGGAUUUUAAAUUUACAGAGACAAUAUUUACAUAUCA